AUGGAAGAGAACAAGAACGCGAUCGGUUUGGCGAAAAAGCUGGUGAGAAGUUUAGAGUUGAGCGGAAGAAUUUUUAUCUUUUUUAGAAAAUGUUUUCAUGAAAUGUGAUAAACUGACGAAAUGUAUAGCAAAAUGAACUGUGCUCAUAGAAAAAUAAUUGUAAAUUUAGCUUUUCAUACAAAAAAGUUAUUCGAGUUGUUGCGUGAAGGGUCGACGACUUGGUCUAAUUUUUUUUAAUUUUCAAAAUGCUUCCAAAAAAAUCGAAAAUGCCUAAAAGUAUACGAAAACAACAAAAAUCGCAAUCAGAACCCUUUGAAAAUUGGGAAAACGCACUUUUCUCAAGUUCGCGAACAUUUUUCCAUGCAAAAGCACUACGAAUUUUGUGAAUUUCGGCCUAAAAACCGCUUGAUGUCAAUCUUUUUUUUGCCAAAGCACAAUAACGUCUAGAUUCAGAAUCAGCACCAAAAUCAUGGCUAUGUAGUGUUAAAAUUUUUCAGAACGAGCAGAAAACUGAAAAAUUUUCGGAAAAAUGUCAUAAAACAAUAUUUUUCUCCAUGAAGGAGAGGUGCUAAAUUUUUGGUGCCAACAUGAAAAAUGCUUAAAAUGAUGCGAGAAAUCGUAUGGCGUUAAGUCUGAGACGCUAGCAUUUUUGUGAAAUUAGUUACAGUUUUGACCUAUUUUCACGCAACAACUCGAAUAACUUUUUUGUAUGAAACGCUAAAUUUACAAUUAUUUUUCUAUGAGCACAGUUCACUUUUCUAUACAUUUCGUCAGUUGAUCAUAUUCCAUGAAAAAAUUUUCUAAAAAAGAUAAAAAUGCUUGCGUUGAGUUGUUCCGCUCAACUCUGGCGAGAGACGGCUUGGCUCAUUUCUGAUACAAAUCUCGAGCAGAGUCACUUUCAGAUGGACAGCGGCUACAACGACGUCCGAUUCUUCGACGAUCUUUGCCAUCAUCCGACCGUCAAGGAGGUGAUCACGCGCGCCGCAAUUCCAGAAGCUUCCGGAAGUUCUGGGAGCGGAUUUCAAGCUCAAGUCGGUUUUUUCCAUUGUCUCCACCGUUCUUAUCAUUACAGAUCGAGCCGAUUCUUCCGAAUUUCGACGGAAACCUCCUCGUCGUGCUUCAAAACAUGUUCCAGAAUCAAAUUGUGAACCUUUUGGCUCAAACACGUCAUUUUUCGCCGCUUUCCGACACUGAGCAACAAUGUCGAUUGUGUGAGGCGAAAGUGACGAUCACAAAGUAUGGGGCAGUGGAGAAUCAUGUGAAAAGACACUGUCAAAUCAAGACGCAUCAGUGUUGGGAGUGCACUUUUGGAAGCAAUGCACCAUCGAAAGUAAGCGACCCAAACGUGUUGUCGAGAAACGGAAAAAAGUGUGAAGAACUCAACGGAAGAAUUUUUAUCUUUUUUAGAAAAUUUUUUCAUGGAAUGUGAUCAACUGACGAAAUGUAGAGCAAAGUGAACUGUGCGCAUAGAAAAAUAAUUGUGAAUUUAACGUUUCAUACAAAAAAGUUAAGAAAGACGGAAGGACAUUUUCACGCAACAACUCGAAUAACUUUUUUGUAUGAAACGCUAAAUUUACAAUUAUUUUUCAAUGAGCACAGUUCACUUUGCUCUACAUUUCGUCAGUUGAUCACAUUUCAUGAAAAAAUUUUCUAAAAAAGAUAAAAAUUCUUCCGCUCAACUCUGGUGUUCAGGUGAUCGCCCACAUGAUCCAACAGCACGGAAUCCAGAAUCGGUACCCGAAAGUGCGGUCGCUGUCGGACGUGCAGCCGUGCAUCGCAAAACUCACCCGACAAUGUUUUCCGGAUCACCAUCAGCAGAUUGCCGUCCUCAAAGCGGCUCACUCGCGAAAAUUGACAAUGAAAAAGCGGGGAGGCGCUAGAAUUUUUGAGAAUCAGGUUCGUCGGAUAUUGUGCAGUUCUAAAAACGUUUUUUGCGAAAUCUUGACGUCUUCUACUCCAUUUUUGCUCUUGACACUUUUUUGAUACGACCCCUCUCUGCAAAGUUAGCGCACCUUGAAACCAACCCGCUACAGUCGAUUUAGGAGUGGUUGUAGAAAAAUAUGGUCAACUACAAAAAUACAGGUCUUGAUGCGACAAACAUUUUUGUAGUUGACCACUUUUUUCGAGGACGGCUCCUAAAGCUACUGUAGCGCUUUGAAGUUACCAAAGCGCUUCUAGACUCUAAACCAACUUUUCAGGAGCACAAACCACCGUCCGAAAUGGCGAGCUACCACUGCGCCGAGUGCCGGCUCUCUGUCAACUGCCCAAUUGGCUCAGAACUCAACUCCGACGGGCCGCUCGUCAAUCAUUUGAGAACUUUUCACACUUUUCAAUGCUUGCCAUGGAGAUGCGAACUUUGCGGCUGGAAAAACGCGCAUCAGGUUGCUUUUUUUCGCAGAAAAUAGUGUCAAAUUGUUCCAAUUUUUGCAGUGGAAAGUCCGUCGUCACAUUUGCAUUCGUCACUCGGAGAAGGCGCACGAGGUGAACGUGUUCAAGGCGAAACGCACCGAAUGGAUUCUCUUUUUGAAGUUCUAUUUUGUCGAUUUGAAAUUGGACGGUAUCCGAAUUGCUUCGACUUUUCUCACUGUUUUCUGUUGCAGUCCUCAACGACGAGGAAGAGUCGGAAACGCAAAAAAUGGACGAAUCCAACGAAUUUUGGAAUAAUUUGGUCAAAAAACAGGGGAAAAGUGCGGAGACGAACGGAAUCCCACGGCAACGUGACGUGAUUGUUAUCGACUGA